CUCCAGCGCACUCUUCCUCCCCUCACUAUCCACCUCAGCCUCAGCGAAGGCAUCGAUCGACCCAUGGAGUUGUACGACGACGAGAAGUGGAAGUUCUCCAAGAAGAGCCGGAACAACGGCAGCCGGCGCGUCCCGGGGGCCGGAGCCGGUGGUGGCGGGGACUCUCUGCUGAAGAGAUCGUCCAGCAUGAGAGACGCCCCGGCGAUCGGCCGCGGCGCCGCGGCCGGGGCGGGCGGGUGCGCGGCGCAGCAGCCGCCGUCGUUCUCGAGCCGGUGCGCGGGGCUGGUGAAGGAGCAGCGGGCGCGCUUCUACAUCAUGCGCCGCUGCGUGACCAUGCUCGUCUGCUGGAAGGACCGCUCGUAGCCGCGGCUAGCUUCCAGGGCCGGCCGCCGGCGAAGAAGCUGGGCCCCUCGUCCUCCCAUCGUCGUUUCUCCGUCCGUCCGUCCGCCAGGAUCGGAGAGUCGGCGGUCACGGGGCUGGACGCUGAAGCAAGCCGAGGGAGGGACACGGGGAAGAAGGCAGAUUAGGUGAUGUGUGUAUAGCUCAGUCUUUGGUUAGGACGAGUGCUCCCCCCGUUUUUUUUUUUUGACCUCCCAUUUCUGGGACGUUUUCUUGGUUACCGGUGGUCGAUUAGGUAAGAGUAGUGAUUAGUACAGUACUUAGCGCUGCGAGGUAGAUGUGGAAUCGUGGACAGUUUUGGGAUCUCCCUUCUUUUGAAGGGGAAUGGGGAUCAGGGUUCUUUUACAGCUGCAGUGCUGCAACUGCAAAGGAGCACCGCAGGCAGGCACCGCUGGCAGCUGGAUGAAAUCUAGUGGAUCUUCUGUUGUGCCACGACCACGGUGGGGGGUAAAAAAAGAAGGAUGUCGCUGCCCAUGUAUAGCUAAAGAAACCAGACGCAACAGCAUGCUAAGUUCAAA